AAAGAGAGAAAAAAAUCUUCAAACUCCUUUACCAAUUUCAAAUAAUAUAUUUAAUAAUAUUUUAAAUAAUCAAAUAAAUAUUGUUAGUAUGAAGGAUAUUGAGGAAAAUAUUGAACAAAGAAUUGAAGAGAAUGAAUUGGAUAAGAAGAAUGAAUUAGAAAAGAAUGAAUUGGAGGAAAAUGAUUUAGUAGAAAAAGAAUUGGAGGAGGAAAAUUUGAAAGAGAAUGAUUUAAAGAGGGAAGAAUUAGAGGAGAAGAAUGAAUUAGACCCUAAUAUUGAAGCUA